GAAUAUCUCUCGAACUGUAAACGACAAAUUGAGAAAAAUAAAAUUCAACGCCCGAUAAUAAGAGGUCCUGUAGAGAAUAUCGAUCAAAUUAGGAGCGCGACACAAAUUAAAUAAAAUAUAUGUUCUGAAAAGUUCAGAAGAAAAUAAUUUGGCCAUCGAAAGCAAACACAAAAACUGAAUUGUGACGCGGCACAAAUGAAAUGAAAUUGAUUUCUUCUGAAAUUUCAGAACAUAUUUCAGGUUUUAAAUAGAACAAAUAUAGGCGCAACAGAAAUCAAUUAAAGAAUAUAUAUCUUCUGAAUCUUCGGGUUCAGCAGAGAAUAUUUCGGGUAAGAAAUAUUUCGGCAACCAAAAAGCAAAAGCGACGCAGCAAAAUUUGAAUAGAAUAUAUUUUGUAGAAGGUUUAGGUUUUAUUUCGGUAAUAGAGAGAAAAGGAAAGUGAAUAGCGGCGCGAACAAAAUUUAUGAAACUAGAUCCUGAACGUGUAGACAACAUUUCGGCAAAUCAAAUUAUUUUACAAAUGUCUAAGAUAACCAUCAACAACAACAACAACAACAACAACCCAGGCCAGGCAAUGCGCCUGGUGCGGACAAAUGUGACUCACAGCAUAUCCGACGACCAGAUGGAUCGGCACUUUGCGCAGCAGAUGGAGCUAGUCAAGGAGCUGAACAAGCUGAAUAGCUGCGCUGCGGAGCGAGACCUGUGCCCCAAGUGGCUGGGCAUCUUCUCGCGCACCACCAAGGAGGAGAAGGCGGCACGUAACUGCCUCAUCACGCUGAUGCACUGCCAGCUGAAGGAAGAUGGCCAGCUGAGCUAUCCCUUCACGGAUGUCGUCAACUGCAACAGGGAUUUGCGCAAUGUGCUCGAUCACUACGAUGCGCGCCGCAGGAAGCUGCAAGCCAGGGCGCCGGCCAAGCCGGAAUUAAGGGCUGAGCAGCCCGAGCGCAAACGGGGCGAGAAUAUGCGCUCGGAUGUGCAUGACGGCAGUCGGAUGGAGCUGCGCGCACCGAACCCAUCCAGCGUGUGUAUGCAGGCCGACGAGCCCGUCGAGGGGAAGAAAACGGCUGAGGAAGACAAGGACGGCAGGCGCAUGGCGGGGCAGAUGUCCAAGGAUCAGGUGAAGAAACUGGAGAAAGUGGAACGCAAGCUCUGGCACCACGAGCUCAUCUCGGGCACAUCGCACCGCUCGGCCAAAAGCAAAGCUUCAAAGCCGGCCACACCCAGGCCCGCUCCUCAUCAUGCCCGAUCGCCCACGCCCACGCCUACGCCCGUGCAUACUGUACACAAAUCUGAAGCUAAGCCCACAUCCAAGUCUGUAGCCAAGCCUACAUCUGCAGUGAGAUCCACAGCAGGGCCGAAGCCCAUAGCUACGCCUCCACCUGCUCCUGCACCUUCACCCACGCCCGUGCCCACGCCCACGCCCACACCUGCACCUACUGCCAAACCCUCACCUGCUGCACCUACAGCUAAACCCUCACCUGCGCCUACAGCAUCAACUAAGGCCGCAUCCACACAAAAUCCCUCGCCUACCUCCACACCGACAAAAGGACCAAGGUCGACCAGCACCCAGAGGGGUAAGCAGAAGCCGUUGGUGGAGCUGUACAAGAAAACGAACUUCCGGGAGCCGGAAAGUGAUCUCGAUGAGGACGCGGAGGAUCAACAGCUGAAAGGCGAUAACAAAAGGGGCGUGCGCAGAGAGCUGCACAGCCCAGUGCAGGCGGCAGCAUCGGAGCGGGAACGCAAGAUGUUGGAGAUAGAGCGACGCAAGGAACAGCAGAGGGUGGAGCGCUUGCAGCGAGAGCGGGAACGCGAGCGCCAGAGGGCGCGGGAGGCGGAGGAGAAGCAGCGCGAGGAGCAGCGCCUGGUGCUGGAGCGCCUGCGCAAGCAGAAGGAGCGCGAGGAGCAGCUGAUCAAGGUGCACGAGCAGCGGGAGCACGAGCGCAUUCUGCGCGAGACCCGCAAGAGCGAGCAGCGCCUGUUCACGCACCGGCAGCGCGAAAGACUCGCCGUCGAGGUGGAUCGCCGCGAGAAGGAGAUGCGGGCACAGCGAUUGCGGCUGGAGCAGAGCUGCCAGCCAAUUGUGACGGAGGCGGAGGCGGAGGCAGAAGCAGCAAAGCGUAAGGAGCGAGGCUCCUUCAAAGUGAAGUGCAAAUCAGAAGAGGAUCGUCGCGAGCGACAGCGGUGGGAGGAGCUCGAGACGAAACAAAAGGAGCUGCAGAGAAGGGAGGGAACGGUGGGUGGAACGCAGUUAACAGACGGAGGAGGAGGAGGCAGAGCGGAGCGAAAGAAGCGCAAAAAGCAGCUAAGGGCCAAGCAACGGGAACAGGAGCCGGGUGGGAGGCCGCAGGAGCAGGUGCAAAAGCAACCACGGUUAGCCGAACUGCGGGCCAACAAAAUGGUGGAUAGCGAGCAGAAGGCGGAACAAGACCCGCAGCUGGAGUUGGAGAGAAAGAAGCGUCAGCUAGAGCAGGAGCGUAUUCGGCGCAAGAGCGAGGAGCUGGAAAGAAAGUUGAUCGAAGCACGCGACCAGCAGCUGGCGAAACGCGGCAAGGGGCAGACGAAAAAGCGCUCCAUCUGGAGUCAACAGCUCGGCCGGCAGGUGGACGAGGGGCCGCUGCCAGUAGAGAUGCAGAUGCUGGACGCGCGUAAAUCUAAUCCAGACGAGGAUGAGGGCGGCGACAGCAGCUGGUCGAUGCGCAUGCGCCUCGAGCGAAUCCACAACCAGAAGCAGCAAACGGCCAAGGAGAGCCCCAUCCAUGGCACUAGCCGUAGCCCUAGCCCUAGUCCAAGCCCAUGCCCAGCGCCGCCGACCCCAUCGCCGGUUGUGUCCAGCCCAGCCCCGUCGCAGUCCCGGGAGGAGCUGGAGAAUGCCAAGCGCAUGGAGCUACAGCUGUACACCAGGGAGUGCUUCCUGCAGCACAUCGAUGAGCAGCGCCUGCGCCUGGAGCUGGCCGAGCAGAAGGUGCAGACCAUAGAUGUCGAGAAGCAGCAACUGGAGCUGGAAAUCCAGGAGCGCUGCGACAUGCUCGAAUGGCUGACCCACGCGCAGAGUCGCAGCGAGGUGGAUGCGCUCGGCCAGCUGGAGCUCAGCAAGGGCGAGAGCGGAAUGCUCGCCAGCGGCACCAGCUCGGUGCCGGAGUUCAUCAGGUUCGCCUGGCGCUUGCAUCGAAUGGAAGAGGCCAAAAGGAUGGCGGCGCACACGGCCAUGCGCAGCUCCAAGGAGAGCCAGCUGAGGCGCAAGGCGGCCAAGGCGCCCAGCGGAACCGCCAAAUGGAGUCGCAUGUGGUCGCCACUAAUGAAGCGUUUUAUUCAAUUCGAGAAGAACCGCAAGCCGCUGUCGCUGUCGCUAUCGCUGUCGCAGCCGCAGACCCAGUUCCGGCAGACCUGCAGGCGUUGCAGCUCUAGCGAAUCGCAGGACUCCUCGAAUAGGGCAAUACGCCGCCGGCUGAAGGAGUAUAUGCAGCAGCAGCUGCAGGCGGCGUCGCAGCCGCACGAGAACUCCAGCAACGAGUACUUCAUAGUGAAGCCGCAGCUCACCAAGCGGGAGCGCUACGUGCGCUUCAUGGAGCCGGCUGGCGAGGACGGCGAACUGGACAGCAGCAGCAGCAACAACAUUAGCUGCACGGCGGUGUUCGGGGAUGAGAGCUUGGGUGAACACCAGCUGGCGGAGCACCAGCUGCAGCCACGCCCACGGGCCAUUACCAUGCGCCACCAUUGGCCGCGACGCGUGCGCAACAAACGCCAGACGCUGCUGCCGGAGGACAGCGCGGCGGAGGAGGAGAGCACGGCGCACAGCUGCUCGCUGUAUACCCAGACGGAGGCGAUGUCGACGCCGCGUCGGCUCGACCCGAUCCGACAGGCUCGGCUCAGCAGGAGCAAGCGGCGGCUCGAGCGGCGUCAGCGGCGACAGCGCAUGCACAAUCGGAACCGGAAUCGGAAUCGUCUGCUCGCCAGCGAGCAGCUGCAGCUGUCGGAGCAGGAGCUAAACGAGGAGCGCAACAUAUUCCAGCAGCUGCUGAUGGGCAGCGAAAGCUGCGCCUGUGGAGCGCGUCCCCAGCUGCUGGUGGAGAAUGCGCUCAUGGAGCGCAAGCUACUCGUGGCCAAGCAGCGGGAGCGCCAGCUGAAGCAACUGCAACACCAAAUGCUGAGCGCUGCCCACGAGGUGCUCCAGCUGCUGGCCGACUCCAAUUGGCUGGAUGCCGAGGCAUUGCGGGUGAACAAUGUGCAACCCGGGGACACGGACGGAUCGGCCACCGACUCGAGCCUGUGCCCGGCUGGCGGCCCGUGCAGCCGCAGCUGCCUGCGCUGGCGCCAGGAGCUGCAGCUGGCGGUCGAGCCGCUGGCCAGGCUGCCGUGCCGCGUUUUUAGCAGGCUCUUCGAGCCGCUGCUGUUGCGCGACGAGGACGAGGAUCAGCUGGAGCUGCGCCUGCGCAUCGAGCUGCUGGACAAACAGCUGGAGCAGCAGCUGGGCAACAGAUUUAGCCGCAUGCUGGCCAAGUGCCACAGCUGCUGUUGCCAGCGGCGCUUGCUGCCCGCCUGGAAGUCCAAUCUGGAGCACGACCUGGCCCACCGCAAGCUGUUGGCCAACCACAGCUUCCAGCUGCUGCGCCAGCUAUUCGACGAGCACUGCAGCAAGUCGCGUGCCAUCUGGCUGGGUGCCCUGCAGACCAUCGAGACGCUCUACUUUGAGCAGCUGGAGGAGAAUAUCACAAAUGCCAGGCUGGAGGUCGACGAGGCGCCGUUCAGGACAGCCAAAUUCCAGCUCUAAUGCAUCUUAUGUGCCUAUACUCGUAGAGAGGAGGCGGCAUCUUUCGAUCAUGCCCAGGAACAACAGUUAACGGUUCGGUUUAUUAUGAAAGAUUUCAACUUUUGUUGUGUUGCGUUUCGUUCAUAUUACUUGUCAACCAAUGACUCAUUCGCAUUCGAGGAGUAGUCGGUCCCACGAUUAAGAUUCUUAUAUUAUAUUAAAGCC